AUGCGGAUCGCCGACCUCAACGACUUGUCGAAGCAACCACCCAACGACAAACCCUCCCACAUACCCUCCCUCGACACUGUCAACAUGUCCGACGCCGGGGAAGUCGUCGCGGUCAACUCCAUCCUGCCCAAGGAUGUGAACGAAGGCUCCGUCCUCCUUUUCAACAAGUGGUCCUACGAGGAUGUCGAGAUCCGCGACAUCUCCCUGACCGACUACAUUCAGAUCCGUCAGCCCGUCUACCUCUCCCACACUGCCGGUCGCUAUGCCGCCAAGCGUUUCCGCAAGGCCCAGUGCCCCAUCAUUGAGCGUCUCACCAACUCGCUCAUGAUGAACGGCCGUAACUCCGGAAAGAAGCUCAUGGCCAUGCGCAUUGUUUCCCACGCUUUCGACAUCAUCCACAUCAUGACCGACCAGAACCCCAUCCAGGUUGCUGUCGAUGCCAUUGUCAACUGCGGCCCCCGUGAGGACUCCACCCGUAUUGGUUCCGCCGGUACCGUCCGUCGCCAGGCCGUCGAUGUCUCCCCUCUGCGCCGUGUCAACCAGUCCAUCUCUCUCCUGACCAUUGGUGCUCGCGAGUCCUCUUUCCGCUCCAUCAAGAGCAUUGCUGAGUGCCUUGCUGAGGAGCUGAUCAACGCCGCCAAGGGCUCCUCCAACUCCUACGCCAUCAAGAAGAAGGACGAGCUGGAGCGUGUUGCCAAGAGCAACCGGUAA